AUGCUGGGAUGCGUGACCCGUGUCCGACGGCUGGUGCGUCUCCUCCCUUUGCAGACCUCCCUGCUCCUGCUCUUCCUCUUCUGCACCAUCAGCGUCUUCAUCUCGGCCUACUUCCUGUAUGGAGCCAAGCGGGAGCUGGAGCCUUCAGGAGGGGGCGUGUCGGGAUCAGAAGGAGCGUCAGCCGACUCGGACGACCUCAGGGUCACACCAUCAAGACUGUUACCUCUGCGGGGAGUCGCCGGGGGGCCUGGAGGAGACCCUGCAGGGGCGAGGACAGAUCCUGUAGUUCUGGUGUUUGUGGAGAGCCAGUAUUCUCAAUUGGGUCAAGAAAUUGUGGCCAUUUUGGAAUCCGGCCGUUUUCGGUAUAGGACAGAAAUAUCCCCUGGUAAAGGGGACAUGCCCACAUUAACAGACAAAGAAAGAGGGCGGUUCACACUAGUAAUUUAUGAAAACAUCCUGAAGUAUGUCAACCUGGACGCUUGGAACAGGGAGCUGCUGGACAAGUACUGUGUGGAGUACGGUGUGGGUAUCAUCGGCUUCUUCAAGGCCAAUGAAAACAGUCUGCUCAGUGCCCAGCUCAAAGGCUUCCCACUUUUCCUUCACUCCAACUUGGGCCUGAAAGACUGCACAGUGAACCCCAAGUCCCCACUGCUGUUCAUCACGCGCUCGGGUCAGCCCCUGCCAGGACCUCUUCCCGGGGAUGAUUGGACUGUGUUCCAGUCCAACCACUCCACAUACGAGCCUGUGCUCCUGGCAAAGACCCAGUCUGCUGACAGUGUGGCCUCCAUCGGGCAGAACGCGGCACUGCUCCCCUCCGUGGUGCAGGACCUGGGGCUCCAUGACGGCAUCCAAAGGGUUUUGUUUGGAAACAACCUAGUAUUUUGGCUGCACAAGCUGGUGUUUGUGGACGCUGUGGCCUUUCUGACCGGGAAGAGGCUGUCCCUUUCCCUGGACCGCUACCUUCUGGUGGAUAUAGAUGACAUCUUUGUUGGGAAGGAGGGCACUCGCAUGAAGGUGCCUGAUGUUAAGGCCUUGUUAGAGACACAGAAGGAGCUGCGCACACAUGUCCCCAACUUCACAUUCAAUCUGGGCUUCUCGGGGAAGUUCUUCCACGCUGGCUCUGAUGAGGAGGACCUUGGCGACGACCUGCUACUAUCUUUUGUGAAAGAGUUCUGGUGGUUUCCUCACAUGUGGAGCCAUAUGCAGCCGCAUCUCUUCCACAACCAGUCGGUCCUGGCCGAACAGAUGCUGCUCAAUAAGAAGUUUGCCAUGGAGCAAGGGAUACCCACAAACAUGGGGUACGCAGUGGCCCCCCAUCACUCUGGCGUGUACCCCGUGCACCUGCAGCUGUACGACGCCUGGAAGAAGGUCUGGAGCAUCAAGGUGACCAGCACCGAGGAGUACCCUCAUUUGAAACCGGCCCGCUUCAGACGGGGCUUCAUUCACAGCGGCAUCAGUGUGCUUCCCAGACAGACGUGUGGUCUUUUCACGCACACCAUUUUCUAUAAAGACUACCCCGGCAGCCCCAACGAACUGGACAAGCUCAUCAACGGAGGGGAGCUCUUCCAGACUGUUCUACUCAACCCUAUUAGUAUAUUCAUGACCCAUCUGUCUAACUAUGGGAACGACCGCCUCGGGCUCUACACCUUUAAAAGCCUGGUGAAUUUUGUGAAGAUGUGGACCAACCUGAAGAUGCAAACUCUUCCUCCCAUUCAGCUCGCUCAGAAGUACUUCAGCCUGUUCCCCUCAGAGAGAGACCCCCUCUGGCAGGAUCCUUGUGAGGACAAAAGGCACAAGGACAUCUGGUCCAAAGAGAAAACAUGUGACCGAUUUCCCAAACUGCUUGUCAUCGGACCUCAGAAAACAGGCACAACAGCACUGUACCUGUUCCUCGGCAUGCACCCGGAUCUGACCAGUAACUACCCGAGCAAAGAGACCUUUGAAGAAAUCCAGUUCUUUAACGGCCACAACUACCACAGGGGCAUCGACUGGUAUAUGGAGUACUUCCCCCUCCCCUCCAAUACCAGCUCCGACUACUAUUUUGAGAAGAGUGCCAACUACUUUGACUCUGAAGUGGCUGCUCAGCGGGCCGCGGCACUCCUGCCCAAAGCCAAGAUCAUCACCAUCCUCAUCAACCCGGCCGAUCGAGCGUACUCCUGGUAUCAGCACCAAAGAGCACAUGACGACCCAGUUGCACUGAAAUACUCCUUCCAUGAAGUCAUCACUGCGGGACACGAGGCGCCCAUCCGUCUGAGGGUCCUGCAGAACCGCUGCCUGGUGCCCGGCUGGUACGCUGUGCACAUGGAGCGAUGGCUCAACUACUACCACUCCAGUCAGCUGCUGGUCUUGGAUGGGCAGAUGCUAAAAACAGAACCAGCCUCAAUUAUGGACAAAAUCCAAAAAUUUCUGAGCCUGACCAAUGUCAUAAAUUAUCACAAAAUCUUAGCGUUUGAUCCCAAGAAGGGUUUCUGGUGUCAGCUACUGGAAGGAGGGAAGACGAAGUGUCUGGGGAAGAGCAAAGGCCGGAGGUACCCUGACAUGGGCCCAGAGUCCCAGGCCUUCCUCAGGGACUACUAUCGGGAUCACAACAUUGAACUUUCAAAGCUCUUGUACAGAAUGGGUCAGCCACUGCCCACUUGGCUCCGAGAAGAGCUGGUCCACACGAGGUAG